CUCGCCUCGCCUCGCCCGUGGGCAGCGGGGGGCGGCAGCGGCUCCGCUACUCUGGCGGUCCGCCGGCGCCGCGCAGUGCAAGGUCCCUGCUGCUCCAUCGACGCCGGCACACGUGGCUCCUGAUCCCUUGCCACUUGGUUCAUCAUGGCUAAUCUGGCCCUUUUGACUGUGCCAUACUGCCAUGGCAGCGUCCUUGGAUGAUUGAUCCAUAUGCUAUAUUUAUAGAGGAGCUGCCUAGACGGCAGGUGCGGUGCCAUUUCAGUACACACACAAGAUGUCCUAAUUUUCUAGUGAUUCACACCAACAAUGACACUGUAGUUUUUUUUUUUUUUUUUUGAAGAGUGACACUAUAGUUGUAGUACCCAAUGCCUCUCUUUUUUUUUCUUGGAGAAUAUAUAGGGACCUUGUAGCACCCAAUGCUGCACUGCACCGUCUUUUCUGCUGUGGCAUGCCGGAAUGGACUCGAUUUCUCAAUGGGAUUGCAAGAGUUAUCAAAGGUUCUUGAUGUGUCAAUCCUUUGUUCCUGUCUUCGUUCCAUCGAUACAAGUACCUAAUUACUGCUGUUGGUCAUAGAAAAUUACAAAUUUCUGAGUAUUGAUUCCGUUUUCUCCUCAUUUUGGUUUUAUGAUAAUUUCUGCGUCUCAUCCCCCCCCCCCUUGUCUAUCAUCUUCUGUUAGAUAUUAAUUCUCUUUCUAGAUGGUACAGAAUAAGGAGCCACAGACUUAAUUUGUCCCUCCAAAUUUUGCAUUAUUUCAUAAACACAUCAUGUCCACCAUAUAUCACAUAUAUUUAGUUUUUCACCUUAUUCUGUUGAACACUUCAACAUGUUUUUCCUGUUUUUAAAGUCGGUUUGCAUUUUUAAAUAUACAGCAUGAAAGAUGAGAGUAAUCAUAUGUAGUUGUUCUGGUCUUAUUCUAUGCUAUGAGUACCGCGUUACACUAUAGUAGUUUUACCUUCAGCAAUUUAUUUGUGGUGUAUUGGGCUCUCGGUAGAUGCUUGUCUGUCUCAAUGCUCUUAAUUAAGAUUCGUGGCAGAAGACUAUGAGCUGGUUCGGUAAGGGCCCAUGCUGUGAGCUGGGGAAAACAACUUUCUCACCAAUUAGUGUUAGGGAAAUAAAAGUUUAACAUGACAUCAGUUUUGUCUGCUUUUUGGGCGUUGCAAAAAGCUAACUUGACUUCAUUUUUGUCUGGUUUUUUGGAUCAUGGCAUGCUGCCAUAGUUCUUUCUUUUGACACCACCCAAGUGUAAGUCCACCCGUACUUUUGAGUCAUUCCUGCUUCUUUUUUGUUGUUAUAAAAUUACUACGAUGUAGCAGGUCCCUUAAUUUCAGGAAGGAAUCGCUAUGAGGUGAUGCAAUCUGUCCCACGAAUUGUACAUGUUGUGCAUAAUAACGUUUAUUUCACAUAUGGUCUGUGCAAUGCUUCCCAUAUGUUCUUGCACAAAGUUACUUCACAUAAAAUUUUCAUUUGUUCUUGAUCAUUUCAGCUGGUGUUAUACCUUAGCUAUUUUGUUGUUCAUUCAUCUACCAUUAAGAUAAAGUGUCAAUCCACUUACUGCUCCCUUUACUGGCUGCUACACUCUAUACUUGUGUUUAGGUGCACUGUCAAGCAUGGUGAAUGCUUUUGUACUUACCUAUCCUUAGUCAUGAGUUCUUAGGUGUAUUUAACUGUAGAUGGCUAGAUGCAAUUCUUUUUUAAGUUCGAUGCAAGGACGCUGGCCUCUGUUUUGGAAGUGUUGUACCUCGGUUUCAUUGUCCUAUAUGUUGACGUCAUUUGACCAUGGAACCAACCAUUAUUUCUAGAAAGUUACAUAGGGCUAUUGGACCCAAGUAUGACGAUUGAUGCUAUCACAAGUUCAGAAUUAUAUGGAAGAACAACGAAACCUUUCAUUUUGCACAACAUUUGUGCAAGAGAGUUUGAGAACCGCCAAGAUUAGCCAUUCUGUGUUGUUCAAAAGGUUGCAUGUCCCAUUUAAUCCCAUACCUAAUUUGUGCCGUCGCCAAAUAAUCCAUUUCCAAUGGCAUAUACGUGCAGUGAAAAGCAAAGUUUCUUGGGAAUCGUUAACAAUGUGCUAAUUCCAGGAGAAGAUUGGAGCUGAUGGUGGAUAAGGAACGAAUAUACUGCAUAAUUACAUUCAUAUCAGUGUGAAACGUGCACACCCACCUCAAAAACAAAAAUCAAGUGCAUAUGAUAAAAGAACUUCUGCUCACAAAAUGAGAAAGAUCUACCUGAUUAAAGCUCCUUGAGUUUGCAACUUAGUAUUGAAUGGCAGGUACAUAUUUUCCUUCGUCAAUCUUGCAUGAUUUCAGUUACUGAUACCAUAUUCUUGAAGAGUUUCAGAUGGGCAUAUCUGUGUUCGGCAACACCACAAGGCAGACUUUGAAAUAUUUCAGCAGGAUUAAGUAAAUGUGAUUACCCCCCUAACCAAAGGUGAAGCACAUGGUUACCAAUAGCCACACCAUGUCUACAAGGGCCUACAAACAAAUGGGAGAUUGUUGGGUGGAUGCAGUCAUGCGGCAAGUAUCUCCAAUAGUCCACUGCCUCACGUGAUCACUUUUGAUUCAUCAAAUUAAAGAUACAUAUGCCAUACUGAGAUGCCUUUCAACCACUGGUCCGUUUAAUUACCACUGAGUAGCAUGCACAAGCACCACGAGAAGAACAGAUACAUUGACAUUUGCCAACAAAACUGCCGAUGCCAUAUGCGUCAUGGAACAAAAUGGAGCAGGUGAACAAGUUUAGAUUCACCAAUCAAUCAGUGAGUAUUGUUCCUAAGCCUAGUCGAUCAGAGCAUGUAAACUCAUGGAUGGUUGAUGGUUCUACGUCGACCUUAAUCUCUGUACAUGUAUGUUAUCAGAGCAUUGGGCAGUUAUCUCUGUACAUCAGUUUUUUACUGUAAAAAACAGAGCAGAAGUUUGUACCAUAACCUUUUCAGGUAAAACAACCAACACUGCAACAGAAGUUCUACUUCCAAUGUAAAUCCCCUGCAAGUUCCAUUGUCUUCUACAGGAUCGGUAACACUGCAGUGGUUAAUCAGAGCAGCUCAUUUACCAAUGGGAAUUUGGAGAGGAAGGAAGGUAGAUCUAGAUCUGUCUGCCUGCAAAAUUUCCUACACUUUUGCCAGAAUAUAUAUUUCGUCUGCUGGAUGGCGGCUUCCUCUACGUUAACACCAAGUACAAGCGGGCAAUAAGUAACAAUGUACUUUGCAGUGGAAAGGCAGGAUUAGAUCUAACCCAGGGCAUGUGACAGCAACUUCAUUGACGGGUUUAGAUCCAAUCCUCUGUUUAAUCUGCCAAGGAACUGCCUCUGCCAUUGAGGUUCUUUUAAUUGUUACUGCAUGGAAUGGACUGUUCCUCACUCACCUCUGUGCCAUGUGUUACCACUGGGUCACCAGCUGUGAUGUCUCCUUUUAUUCUUCUUUUUAACUUUCAACUCUGGAGAUUCUUGCUACAGCAGCAGUUCAAUUGUCACCCUGCAAUGCCCAUAAUUACAGUGAAGGUGUUACUGGUUCUGCCCCUUGUUCUGCUGAAAGAUUUCUCUCUACUCUUUCAGCAAAUUUUACUAACUUUAUUCUGAAUUCUGACAUUGAUAGCUUGUGCCUGCGCUCAAAAUAUGUUUGCAUGGAGUGAUAAACUCUUCACUCUUCAGAUCCUCCCAGCAAUACUGCAGGAGUAAUGUAUCCUUUUGUUUCAUCUGCAUUUUCAUGUUUCAACUCUUGGCAUUAUUUUUUCCUUACUUCAAUUGUGACCCAGCAAAACACAAAAUUGCAACCAAGUCCUUGCUUGCUCUCAAAUGCUACUCUAACUGCAUGUUAAUCUAUCUUAUCCCCCGUGACACACAGGCUUUCCAUGAAGUUACUCAACUGCCUGGUCUGAUGCCGCCGGUAUGGCUUUGAGCCACCAUCUUUUCCUCUGAGCAUCAAAGCUCUCUCUCUCUCUCUCUCAAAGAAAUUAGUCGUUGGUGUGAUCUCUUCCCAAAAUUUAAAAACCUAACCUCCAAUCCUAACAAAAAUAACCUAUCAUUUAGCAGCAGUAAUUGCAUUGCACUAGAGGCCACAAAGAGUGUCAGCACUCAGCAGCUAAACAGGUCCUAGGACUGGGAGAGACAGAGGUGUAUGUAGUGUGUGUGCACUGACCUCCAUUGCUUCAUGAUCUCGUCAAGUUUCUUCAACACUCUUUAAACUUCUACCUCUCUCUCUCCUCCCUGUCUAUUUAGACCUCACUUUCUUCUUCUUACUGCUACCUUAGGCUUCCUUUUUCUCUCUCUAUCACAAGCACACAUAAAAACUGCACCAUCUUUCAUGGCAUCUCUUUCUCUCUCCUCUUCCUAUGCUUAUUAUACUAAACCUCACUAGCACUAUGAUAAUUAGGUACUACUAGUCUUGCAACAUAAGCAAGACCAAGAUUUGGGAGCAAUUAGCAGUACAUUACAAUUCUACAGAAUUAUUAGCUAGCCUUGUACUGUGUUGGAUAUAUACUUACAAUUCAGUAGAAGUGUUGUGUUGUUGGUGUGUGUUUGUGUAUGGGUCUUGCUGUUAUGAUGAAUAGAAGAAGCAAAUGGCGGGCGGCGGCGCUGCCCAUGGCGUGCGCGCUGGUGAUGCUGUGUGCGGGUUGCGCCGUGGCCGUGGACGAGCAGGGCGCGGCGCUGCUCGCGUGGAAGGCGACGCUGCGGGGCAGCAACACACUGGCUGACUGGAAGCCGAGCGACGCGUCGCCGUGCCGGUGGACGGGCGUGGCGUGCGACGCUGACGGCGGCGUCACGGAGCUGAGCCUGCAGUUCGUCGACCUGUUCGGCGGCGUACCCGCCAACCUGACCGCCGUGGGCGCCACUCUCGCGCGGCUCGUCCUCACCGGCGCGAACCUAACGGGGCCGAUCCCGCCGGGCCUCGGCGAGCUGCCGGCGCUGGCGCACCUCGACCUCAGUAACAAUGCGCUCACGGGGCCCAUACCGGCGAGGCUGUGCCGGCCGGGGAGCAAGCUGGAAACGCUGUACCUCAACUCCAACCGCCUGGAGGGUGCCAUCCCAGACGCCAUUGGAAACCUCACGUCGCUCCAGGAGUUCAUUGUCUACGACAACCAGCUCGCCGGAAAGAUACCAACGGCCAUUGGCCGGAUGGCCAGCCUCGAGGUGUUUCGCGGCGGCGGCAACAAGAACCUCCAGGGCGCGCUCCCCACGGAGAUCGGCAACUGCUCCAGGCUUACCAUGAUCGGCCUCGCCGAGACCAGCAUCACCGGGCCGCUGCCGGCGAGCCUCGGCCGGCUCAAGAACCUCACCACGCUGGCCAUCUACACGACGCUGCUCUCCGGCCCGAUACCACCAGAGCUCGGCCAGUGCACCAGCCUGGAGAACAUCUACCUCUACGAGAACGCGCUCUCGGGGUCCAUCCCGGCGCAGCUCAGCGGGCUCAAGAAGCUCACGAACCUGCUGCUGUGGCAGAACCAGCUCGUCGGCAUCAUCCCGCCGGAGCUCGGGUCGUGCGCAGAGCUCACCGUGGUAGACCUUUCUCUCAACGGGCUCACCGGCCACAUCCCGGCGUCGUUCGGUAAUCUGUCAUCGCUGCAGCAGCUGCAGCUCAGUGUGAACAAGCUCUCCGGCACGGUGCCCCCAGAGCUCGCCCGGUGCAGCAACCUCACCGACAUCGAGCUCGACAACAACCAGCUCACCGGCAGCAUCCCCGUCGUGCUCGGUGGCCUCCCGUCGCUGCGCAUGCUUUACCUGUGGGCCAACCAGCUGACGGGCGCCAUCCCGCCAGAACUAGGCCAGUGCACCAGCCUCGAGGCGCUGGACCUGUCGAACAAUGCGCUGACUGGCCCCAUCCCGCGCUCACUCUUCCGGCUGCCGCGGCUGUCCAAGCUGCUUCUCAUCAACAACAACUUGUCCGGCGAGUUGCCGCCGGAGAUUGGCAACUGCACGUCCCUCGUCCGGUUCCGGGUGAGUGGUAACCACAUCGCCGGUGCGAUACCGGCUGAAAUCGGCAAGCUUGCAAACCUCAGCUUCUUUGAUCUCGGCUCAAACCGGCUGUCCGGUGCUGUACCGGCAGAGAUAUCCGGGUGCCGGAACCUCACGUUCAUCGACCUCCACGACAACGCCAUCGGCGGCGAGCUGCCUCCUAGACUGUUUGAGGACUUGCUCUCGCUCCAGUACCUCGAUCUCUCCUACAACGUGAUUGGUGGCACGCUCCCGUCACACAUCGGCAUGCUCACCUCCCUUACGAAGCUCAUUCUCAGCGGCAACCGGCUGUCCGGCCCGAUUCCGCCAGAGAUCGGGUCGUGCUCCCGGCUCCAGCUCCUCGACGUCGGUGACAACUCGCUUUCCGGCACGAUACCAGGGAGCAUCGGCAAGAUCCCGGGGUUGGAGAUUGCUCUUAACCUCAGCUGCAACAGCCUCUCUGGAACGAUCCCGUCGGAGUUCGCUGGGCUUGUGAGGCUCGGCGUGCUCGACGUUUCACACAACCAGCUCUCCGGCGAUCUCCAGACGCUGUCCGCACUCCAGAACCUCGUGGCGCUCAACAUAUCCUUCAAUGGAUUCUCCGGCCGGUUGCCAGAAACGGCGUUCUUCGCGAAGCUGCCCACGAGCGACGUCGAGGGUAACCCGGCGUUGUGCCUCUCCCGGUGCGCCGGCGACCCCGGUGACCGUGAGCGCGCUGCGCGCCACGCCGCGCGGGUCGCGGUGGCCGUGCUGCUCUCCGCCCUCGUCGUCCUCCUCGUGGCCGCGGCGCUCAUUCUCUUCGGGCGGCACCGACAUGCCGUGCGCGCCGGCGAGGACAAGGACUCGGAGAUGUCGCCGCCGUGGAACUUCACUCUGUACCAGAAGCUGGAGAUCGGCGUCGCGGACGUGGCCCGCAGCCUUACGCCGGCGAACGUCAUCGGCCAAGGGUGGUCCGGCGCGGUGUACCGCGCCAACCUCCCGUCGAGCGGCGUCACCAUCGCCGUCAAGAAGUUCGGGUGGUGCGACGAGGCGUCCGUCGAGGCGUUCGCCUGCGAGGUCAGCGUGCUCCCCCGGGUGCGCCACCGCAACAUCGUCCGGCUGCUGGGGUGGGCGGCCAACCGCCGGACGCGCCUCCUGUUCUACGACUACCUCCCGAACGGCACCCUCGGCGACCUGCUUCACGGCGGCGCCGCCGUGGUGGAGUGGGAGGUGCGGCUCGCUGUCGCCGUCGGUGUGGCCGAGGGCCUCGCGUACCUCCACCACGACUGCGUCCCGGGGAUCAUCCACCGUGACGUCAAGGCUGAAAACAUCCUGCUCGGCGAGCGCUACGAGGCGUGCCUCGCCGACUUCGGUCUGGCCAGGUUCGCCGACGAGGGCACCAACUCGUCGCCUCCGCCGUUCGCGGGAUCCUACGGCUACAUCGCUCCCGAGUACGGAUGCAUGACCAAGAUCACAACCAAGAGCGACGUGUACAGCUUCGGAGUGGUACUGCUUGAGAUGAUCACCGGGAGGCGACCGUCGGACCCAUCCUUCGGCGAGGGCCAAAGCGUGGUGCAGUGGGUGCGCGACCACCUCUGCCGGAAGCGCGAACCCAUGGAGAUCAUCGACGCAAGGUUGCAGGGCCGGCCGGACACGCAAGUCCAAGAGAUGCUGCAAGCUCUGGGCAUCGCGCUGCUGUGCGCUAGCCCACGCCCCGAGGAGCGGCCCGUGAUGAAGGACGUGGCGGCACUGCUGUGUGGCAUCCAACACGACGACGGCGGCGAGGCACGAAAAGCUGGGAAUGGAGCGGGGGCCGACGCGCAGCUGAGGAAAUGGGCCGACCCAAAGCAGCCCAUUUCGCCAACCAAAUUGAUGGCUCUCGCCAGACCGGUCCAGGUCCAAGCCCAAGCCCAAGCCCAGACCGAAGCCCGGGAAAUUUCAGGUUCAUUGGGUCUACUCAACAGCCGGGGAUGACAGCCUGGAAUGACUGGGCCCAGUAGCAGACCGUGCAACCGAGGGUGUACCUACGGGGUACCCAUAGAAAAGAUCGAUCCCAGUUCACAGUUGCGCUGUGUUAGGAAAGAGUAUUGAGGGGUGCGCCGUUUUGCUAGGUGCACCCUUCAAGGUACAAAAUGGAAUAUUUGUUGUAGGGAUUUAGUAAUGUUAGUGGAUCCAUAGAGGAGUCACGAGUUAUGAAAAGGUAAUAUUGUUUUCGUACCAUAAACAGGUGUAAUGCAAUGGAGGUUAGUGUAAAUUAUCAAACUCGAAUAAUUGCCUAUGUGAUGAAUGAAGAUGUUUGCCAAAGGGAGCACAU